GGCCUGCCUCCUCCCAUUCCUGGACCCGGGCUGCCUGUGAGGCCCUUUAAAUUGCUGGUUAACACAGCCCUGGACACAGACUUCAUCAGCAUGGCACCAAGCAUCCUCCUGCUGGGGCUCCUCACCCUGUGGGCACAGCUGCAGGCAGCACCCAUUGCAGAGUUCCAUGGAGUAGCUCCAGCUGGGUGGCCACCACCAAGGCAGCUAGGAAGCACCCUGAGCCUUGAGCCUGGGAGAGAGCCCAGCACGGUGCCUGACAAUGACAAACACACAUCCAAUAGCAAUGAAAUGGGUGACUCCAGUAGCCAUGAAACUGGUGAGUCCAAUAGCAGUGAAACUGGUGAUGAUGGCAAUAAAAAUCAGCUUUGUGAUUGCAAUGAUCAUGAUCAUGGUGACAACAACAGUGAUAAUGCAGAUGAUGAUGGUGAUGAUGGUGUCAACAGUGACAAUUCCAAAGGCAAUGAAGAUGGUGAUGAUGGUGAUAAAAAUGACCUUUUUGAUGGCAAGGACAAUGACAAUGGUAAUGGUGACAAUGACAGUGGUGAUGGUGAUGAUGGUGUCAAUGGUGACAAUUCCAAUAGCAAUGAAGAUGGUGAUGAUGAUGUUAAAAAUGACCUUUCUGAUGGCAAGGACAAUGACAGUGAUGAUGGUGAUGAUGACAGUGAUGAUGACAGUGUUGAUGGUGAUGAUCUCAUCAAUGAUGAAAAUUCCAAUAGCAAUGAAGAUGGUGAUGAUGGCAUCAGUGAUGAAAAUUCCAAUAGCAAUGAAGAUGGUGAUGAUGACAUCAACAGUGACAGUUCCAAUAGCAGUGAAGAUGGUGACUCCAAUGACAUUGAAUAUGAUCACUCCAAUAACAAUGAAAAUUAUGCUGAUUAUGGGGGGUGGAGAUUUUAGAUUGUAAGGGUGUAAUUGCCCUGGGAUUUUUAGAGGUUUUUGGGUUCCUCUUUUGUGGCAUCCAGAUCAGAUUUCAUGCUUGAUCUGUGCCAAUAAAUAUAUCUAGUGAACAUGA